GCAAUACUUCCAAACAACUUACAAAUUCAUGGAGCUUUCCCCCACACACUUUGAUUCCCAUGCAUGGGAGAGUUAACCUGUGGCCAAAGCACAUGCUUUGUGGAUAUCUCAAAAACCGCAGAAGUAGAGAAACUUCCAUCUGGAAAGCUAUAGAAAAUGGAGCUGAAACUUUGUUUGACAUAGUUGCAGAAGUAUACUCUGGAUUUGAUCGUAGCGUAUGGAUUCCUGCUGCAUCAAAUGUGAGGCUUCAUGUGGAGCAUCUGGCUGAGCAAGAUAAGCUACCAAAGGGCUUCUCUUUAGAAACUUUUAAUAGCAGUUUGGAUGCAUUUGCUGACAAGGUGGGUGAAAGAGUGUGCAGGACUUCCUCUUUAGAAACUUUUAGUUGCAUUUUGGCUGCAUUUGCUGGCAAGAUCCAGGCAUUUUCGAUCCAGAAGUUCCAGAAAACUUGUGGGCUGUAUAUCCUUGCCCGAUGGAUUUGGGCAUACCUUAGUAAGGGUCUCCAGUUAAAUUAUCAGAAGCUAUGGACAUCUAAAUUAUUUGUUGCUGGUGCAGUGGCUAGCUUUGCUGUUCUGUGCUCAAUAAGUUCAGUGCUAAAUAAGAGCCAUAAGGGCAAAAAAUCUGGACCUCGGUUUCAGAUGUAA